GUCUUGAAGCAGGUGUUGGUCGUUCUCAAGGACUCAACGAUUGUCUCGAAGACCGGCAAGGAUGACCGCUCUCGUUUCUGGGCGGCAUACAAAAGAGUCGGCGAGGAACACGACGACGAGUUCCUUGAGCGAUACAACGGUGACAUGGACAUCGUGUUAAUUUUUGUA